AUGCCGCCUCGCAAGGGCACCGUGCAAGCUCAGCUGGCUUCUGACGGCACCGACGAGCCGCGCGCGCACGGAUCGGAGGACGGGAGCGACUCGCCGACAGCUCGACCUCGUCGCAAGGCUGCGCAGACGAGCAAGGUGGCCGAGGCGGCCGACAGCGACGACGACGAGUUCGAGCCUGCGCCUGCUCCGCCCAAGAAGAAGCAGAAGGGUAAGAGGAAGGCCAAGGCGGAGACGGAGGACGAGUACGCUGGCGAGAGCGAGGAGUUCGAACCUCCUGCGAAGACGGUCAAGCGCUCGACUGCCGGCAAGAAGGGCAAGAGCCGCCGCCCGAAGAAACUCGAGCUCUUCCAGUCGAUGCCGCUCGACGUUCUCGCGCUCAUCAUGGGCGAGCUCGACACGAAGACGGUCCUCGCCAUGUCCCGCACUUGCUCGCUCUUUCGUCGCCUGCUUCACUCGCCGCAGGGAACUUCGGUUUGGAAGGCUGCGCGGUUCAACACCUCGAACAUCCCCGACUUGACGGCUGGAGAUCUCGAGGAAUGGAUGUACGCUUCGCUCUUGUUCGACUCGACCUGCCAGGUCUGCCACAAGCCUCGCGCCAACGUCACCGACUGGACGCUCCGUAUUCGCGCCUGCGCCAAGUGCAUGAAGGCGAACAGCAAGCAGCGCCUCAAGAUGUACGGCAUGCACAACGCUCACCGUCUGGUCUGGGAAUGCGUUCCAGAGUCCAAGUGGUCGCCUGGCUACUUCGAUGAGGGCGCGAUCUACUCCUUUUUCUGGCUGCCGACCGUCCAAGCCGUCAGCGCUCGCCUCAAGGAGCUCGACGGCAAGCCCGGCUUCGACGACUACGUCAAGGAGCGCAAGCGCAUCAAGCAGGCCGCUACUGUCGACGGAGCUGCGAUUGGGCGCUGGUGGGCGACGUGGCAGGCGAGCAAGAACAUGGACGCCUGGGAUGCGAAGUUCAGCCGCCAGGAGAAGAUCAAUGCCAAGCUCGUCGAGAUGGGCUAUACCAAGCGCGAAAUCGACUCGUCGAGCAUCCAGAAUCACAGCUUGAUGAAGCAGGCUCGCGACUUGACUGAUCGCAUCUGGAAGACGGUUUCUCCGAAGUUUGUCGAAACCCUUGAGAAGGAGAGGGAGGACCGCCGUGCUUACGAGCUCGCGGCUGCGAUGAGGAAGCGCGCCGACGCUCUCAAACCGUUCUACGACUCGCUCCAGUCGUCCAUCGCGUCCGCCGAGUCCCGCGCGCUCUUCCCGCCUUUCGGCAACUUUCUCAUGUUCGACUCGGUCAAGACGCUGUACGAGCCAGAGGACGCCGACCAGUCGCCGACCGCCCUCGCAGCCGCCCGCAACUCGAUCAUGGACGACGCGAACAGGUUCGCCGCCGAGAUCAAGUCUGUCUUCUACUCGCAGCUCGUCAAGGCACACAAUGAAGCCGGCACACCGCUUGCGCGCGACCAGGCCGGUGCGGCGACGCUCAGCCAGACCGCGGUCGAGCAGCUCGCGAAGAGGGUCGAGUCGGCGGUCAAGUGCCCGUCCGUCUGGUGCACGACCUACAUGACCUUCCCCGCCGUGCUCGACCAUUACAAGGUGUGCGGUUCGCAGCCUCUCACGGCCGACUCGCUCUCGGCUAGCGCCGCCAGAAUCCUCGCGACCAAGCAUGUCAUCGCCGUCGUCAACGCCGUCGAGCCGGACCGCUUCAAGGACGACCCGCCUUCCACCACGACCUUGUACGCGCUCGGCACCGCCUUCAAGUGCGACGACUGCAAGUCGAGGGAUGGUGCGGUCGGACCGGCGAUUUGGAGCGGGCGCUACCAAGGCAGUGCUAGGUGGUCCGGGAUGGUCCAGCACAUUCUCGACAAGCACACCCAGCCGACCUUUGCGCUCCCUACGGUCGAGUACACGCCACCCGCCCCGCCUUCGCCUGGACAGGACAAUCCUGGAGGGUUCGUUGUCGAGGAUGACGGCUAG